AGAAGAUCUUCGUCCGACAUGACUGCGAAGGUGGUGUUUUUCCUGGGCGUUCUGGCCGUGGCGGCGGCCGACCAACUCCCGGCCUAUUCGUACGACGCGCCGGAAUCCAUGGAGUAUUCUGAGGAGUCCACGGAGGCCAAGUACGACUUCCAGUGGGCCGUGAAGGACGACUACUCCGGCAACGACUUCGGCCACCAGGAGUCCCGCGACGGUGACGACACACAGGGGUCCUACUACGUGCAGCUCCCCGACGGCCGCCUGCAGAAGGUCACCUACUACGUGGACGGCGACUCCGGCUACGUGGCCGAAGUCAGCUACGAGGGCGAGGCUCGCUAUGACUCCGUCGAGUCUCGGGAAACCCCUGUGUAUGCGCCCCCGAGGCCAGUCUACUCCGCCCCCGAGUCAGAGGAAUCGGCAGAGGAACCUGUUUAUGCUCCCCCCAGGCCUACCUAUGCCCCUCCCAGGCCUACCUAUGCCCCUCCUCCCAGGCCUACCUAUGCCCCUCCCAGACCUACCUAUGCUCCUCCUCCCAGGCCUACCUAUGCCCCUCCCAGGCCUACCUAUGCCCCUCCCCCCAGGCCUACCUAUGCCCCUCCCAGGCCUACCUAUGCCCCUCCUCCUAGGCCCACUUAUGCCCCACCCAAGCCCGUCUAUGGAACACCCCAGUAAACGAAAAAAAACUCAUCAUUGUACGAAACAUUAUUUUCUGUAAAUAAAUAUCAAAUCUAUA